AUGAAGUAUCUGGCAGUCUCAAUACUACUAGUUGCCUCCAUUGUGAGUGCCGUUGAGCUUCCGAGAGACACAACUACAUUGGCUACUGUCAAGACUACACUAUCUGCUAGAGGAUCGUCCUCUAUAACUACCAAGACGACUAAAACUAAAAAGUCAACGACCUCGAAAACUACUAAAACAAAAAAGACGACUACCUCAAAGACAACCAAAACCAAGAAGACAACGACUCCAAAAACAAGUAGUCCCGUGACAACUACCUCGGAAGCAAUCAGCUCUACUACCACUACUACAACCCCAGUCACAACGGAAGCUUCUUCUACGACGAGCUCUAGCUCUAUUCUGCCAACGGCCACCGGUUGCACAACUCCUCUGUGGAGUAGGUGUGGCGGUGUGGGGCACACGGGAUGUACUACUUGUGCUUCCGGGAAAUGCAUUGUUUUUAGUCAAUACGACUCAUUCUGCCAUCCAACCGAAGACGUUCCUGGAUGCAGAGUGCCUACUGGUGGGCAAUGUGGAGGAUUCGGCUACGCUGGAUGCACCACUUGUCUUGGGGGAGUCUGCAACGUAGUCGACCAAUACCAAUCUAUCUGUGGAUUACCUUAG